CUCACUCCCUGGCGCUCUCUCGCUCUAGCUCUCUCUCGCGCUCGCUCUCUCUCUCUCUCGCUCUCACCCUCGCUCUGCGUUCUGUCCGGGAGGAGUACCCAGAAGCCAAUAGGAUGACGGGCCUCUAAUGGAUGCAAAUGAUGGUGAAAGGACGGGGCAAAAUAUGAAAGAACUCAUUUGGAGGGAAGUAAAUCACCGAAAACUGUUUAUGAACUGGCAUCCCUUCUUCGAAAUGUAAAGCGAGGACCUCUUUAAGUGGCGGUAUAUUUUUGUUUUUUGGGGGGUGGGGGGUGGGGGGGAGGGCGAGCGAGCCGCGGCUGCCAUGCAGGCUUAGACUUUCUGCAGGCUCCGCUCUCCCGUUCCUGGAAAUCACAAAAAGUGUGGGCGGCUCGGAGAUCUUCGUCUUUCCUUUCUUUUCCUUCCUUCCUUCCUUCCUUCCUUCCUUCCUUCCUUCCUUCCUUCCCUCCUUUCUUCCUUCCUUCUUUCUUCCCCCCCCUUCCUCCUCCCUUUCCUCUCCUUCCCUGGCGAGGUGACUAGGAGCCGGCGAAUCCGCUGUUUUUUUUCCCUCUCUCUCUCUCUCUCUCUCCUCUCUCUCCUCUCUCUCCCUCCCUUUCCCCCUCCCCACCCCCCUCCCCAACAGCCCCCAACUACAGCCUCCGCCGCCGCCGCCGCCGCCGCCUCCAAAAAAUUCAAUAAAAUGAGCUCUUAUUUCGUCAACUCACUGUUCUCCAAAUACAAAACCGGGGAGUCCCUGCGCCCCAAUUACUAUGACUGCGGCUUCGCCCAGGACCUGGGCGGCCGACCCACCGUGGUGUACGGUCCCAGCGGCGGCGGCAGCUUCCAGCACCCGACGCAAAUCCAGGAGUUCUACCACGGGCCGUCCUCGCUGUCCACGGCGCCCUACCAGCAGAACCCGUGCGCCGUGGCGUGCCACGGGGACCCGGGCAACUUCUACGGCUACGACCCGCUGCAGCGCCAGAGCCUGUUCGGCGCGCAGGACCCGGACCUGGUGCAGUACGCCGACUGCAAGCUCGCCGCCGCCAGCGGCCUGGGAGAGGAGGCUGAGGGCUCCGAGCAGAGCCCGUCGCCCACCCAGCUCUUCCCCUGGAUGCGCCCUCAAGCCGCCGGACGCAGGCGAGGCCGCCAGACCUACAGCCGCUACCAGACCCUGGAGCUGGAGAAGGAGUUCCUCUUUAACCCCUAUCUGACGCGCAAGCGGCGGAUCGAGGUGUCACACGCGCUGGGACUGACAGAGAGACAGGUCAAAAUCUGGUUCCAGAACCGGAGGAUGAAGUGGAAAAAGGAGAAUAACAAGGAUAAGUUCCCCAGCAGCAAGUGCGAGCAGGAGGAGCUGGAGAAGGAGAAGCUGGAGAGGGCGCCGGAGGCGGGCGCCGCCGAGCAGGGCGAUGCGCACAAGGGCGACAAGAAGUAGGCUCGAACCCCCCACGCUGGGACUGCCCGGGGGCCCCCGCGGCUCGCCCGCCGGUCCCUCCCGCGACCACGCCGCCGCCCGCCCCCCGCCUCCGAGAGCUCCGGCCCCGCUCGGCCAGCGCAGCCGGGAGCCGGGCCUCCCACCGCAGCGUCCCCCGCCCGCCGCGCCAGUCCCCCGCUAGUGGUAGUUGCUCGUAAUAGCUUCUGUGUGUGAGCUACCGUGGAUCUCCUUCCCUUCUCUCGGGGGCCGGGGUGUGGGGGGAAAGAAAGAAAGAAAAGAAAAGAAAAAAAGAGAAGAAAAAAAAAAAGGAAAAAAGAAGAAAGAAGGAAAGAAAAAAAAGAGAGAGACAAGAAAAGGAUUUUAGAGCAAGGACUCCCUCGUCCUGCCAGGACUGCGGCCCUGGCAGAGCCCCCUCGCCCCAUCCCCGUGUAAAAACACACAC